UUUACGUUCAUCACCAGCCUCCUCUUCGUUUUCUCUACAUCACCAACGAUGCACGACAUGGAUUGAUUUUUUAUUCACUAUUAUUAUUAAUAUUAUUAUUAUGACGAUGAUGCUGAUGAUCAUUACUACCAUUCAUUUCUACUUUAUUGCAACAAAUCAAUAACGAAAAAGUUCAUGUCUAUAUACUAACCGAAAUGACAUAACCACUUCACAUGCUCUAUUGUACUUAUAAAAUAACCAAAUAACUACAAUGUCACCUGUGACCCUUUUUGAUGCAUACUUAGGUCAAGUGCACUAAUUCAAGCAGACUUUAAUUAAUGGAAGCCGUAAACUGUUGGGUUAUAAGUUUAAACUCUGCUUUUCGUGUUUCUGUUCUGGAGAUCAGAUUAUGUCCUCAACUGAUACGAAAUGUGUGAUUCACUGUAUUGUAUGGAUAAAUUUUUAAUGGGUAGUCUGUUAUAUCAUUUAUCUAUUUUUACUUGAGUUAUUUUUGUGUUUUUAAACCAAGUGAGUCUUUUAAACGAUAAAAAGUAACUUGUAAUUUCCUUUUCGAUACCAUCUAGUCUCACAUGAUUCUGGAUAUCAGAGAUGGUAAAUCGGAUGUAGGAGAACGUGCAUUUGAUGUGAUUAAGGCAUUACUUUUACAAUCAACUGAACAAAAUCGGAUUAUUACCAUUGGUCUAUCUGGUGGAAGUAUGCCUCAACUACUUGCUCCAUAUUUGUGUUCUAUUUCAAAAAUCAAUUGGAGCUUAGUUCAUUUUUUUUAUUGCGAUGAAAGAUUGGUUCCAUUGGACAGUGUUGACUCAAAUCAUCAUAGUUAUCAAGAAUUAGUCUACUCAAAAAUUGGUAUACCACCGUCAAAUAUUCAUAUUGUAAAUACAUCGUUAUCGUUAGAAGAAUCUGCUGCUGAUUAUCAAAAGCAGAUCUUGUCUUUUUUUGGUUCGGAUAAUGGUUAUCCCCGUUUCGAUUUACUACUUCUUGGUAUGGGUCCAGAUGGUCAUACAUGCUCUUUAUUUCCUAAUCACAAAUUACUCUAUUAUGAAGAUUAUGUCGUAGCACCAAUUUCAGAUAGUCCCAAGCCACCGCCUCAAAGAGUCACCCUAACUGUACCUGUAAUUAACAAAGCAGCAAAAGUGGUAUUUAUAGUCACAGGGUCAGAUAAAGCUCAUGCAUUGAAGUCUGUUCAUCGGUCGAGUCAUCCAGGUCCUUCUAUGCCGUGUAGUCUGAUUCAUCCAGUACAUGGCGAGUUAAUAUGGAUUGUAGAUAAAGCUGCUGCUAGUGAAUUGAAUAAAUGACGUUAUUGUCAUUUAUUUUGUGUGUGCCUAUUGCUUCCACAUCAUGUCCACUUGUGUGAUACAAUAUAUUUAUUUACAUGUGUGGCAUUUUUAAAAUUUGGUCUUAUUGACUUAUACUAUGCAUAGAAUGAUGUUUAGGAAUUGAAAUCCUAUGCCAUUUAUUUUGUUUCGUGUGAAAUAAAACACUUAAUUUUGUUAA